GACAAAUACAGUAUACUUAAAAAAUUGAUUUUUUUUAGAACGGGGAUGUGGAAAGGUAAGGAUCCACUGUCCAUCGGAUCUGUGCCGCGACAAACAUUCUCCACCUCUCAAGAGACUUCUGUCCGAUACCGUCAUGUCCGGUUCGAAGCAGCAAUCAUUGUACGAAGUUUUCUUCAUGACGACGACGUGCUCUUUUCUCGUCCGAAGGCGCAAAAGAAGCUCGACGUGCUUCGUAUCUUCCGGUCGCCUCCUCGACGCUUCUCAACUAGCAGUCAGUGUGCUGCGACCGUGCGGACGAGCGAGAAAGGCCCGAUCUUGAUGGAGCGGGCGGACGAGCCCGAGCCUUUGAAGGUCACUUUCGGUGGGCCCGCCAAGUACUUCACCGACGCCGCUCCGAUCGGCAAUGGCAGGCUCGGAGCCAUGGUGUGGGGCGGCGUGGCCUCGGAACUUCUCCAGCUCAACGAGGAUACUCUCUGGACUGGGACUCCAGGGAAUUACACUGAUCCUCGUGUACCAGCAGUGUUAGCAGAUGUCAGGAAGCUCGUGGAUGAUGGUGAAUAUGCUGACGCCACUGCAGCAGCAGUCAAUUUGCUAGGAAAUCUUUCUGAAGCUUACCAACUCCUCGGGGACCUCAAGCUGGACUUUGAUUACCUCCAUCUUACAUAUGCUGAAGAAACAUAUAGCAGGGAACUAGACUUGAACACUGCUACUGUGAGAGUUGGAUAUUCUGUAGGCAAUGUACAAUUCUCAAGGGAGUACUUUUCAUCUUAUCCUGACCAAGUUAUUGUGAUGAAAAUAUCUGCAAGCAAAUCCGGAUACGUUUCAUUUACAGUGUCUCUAGAUAGCCAGUUACAACAUCAUUCAUAUGUCGAGGGAAGUAACCAAAUUAUUAUGGAGGGUUCUUGUCCUGGUAAAAGAAUUCCACCUGAAGUAAAUGAUAAUGAUCCCAAGGGAAUUCAGUUUUGCAGCAUUCUUGAUCUAAAGAUUAGUGAUGAGAGGGGCACGAUAAGUAUCUUGGAAGACAAAAAAUUGAAAGUUGAGGGCGCAGAUUGGGCUAUUCUCUGUUUAGUGGCUGCUUCUUCUUUUGAUGGACCUCUAACAAACCCUUCAGAGUCUAAAAGGGAUCCCACUGCAGAUGCAGUUCGUGCACUAAAAUCAAUACGAAAUCUUUCAUAUGCUGAGCUCUAUGCACACCAUUUGAGUGACUACCAGAACCUUUUCCAACGUGUUUCACUUAAGUUAAGGAAAAGUUCCAGCUCUCCUAGUGCCAUGGGAAAUGCGUCCCUUGUGACCGGUGAACCUUCUUCAAUUACUGAUCCAUGCAAUAAGGGAAAUGAGAGUGGUAAAAUAACUACUGCUGAUAGGAUUAAGUCUUUUGCAAAUGAUGAAGAUCCUUUUCUGGUGGAGUUGUUAUUCCAAUUUGGUCGCUAUUUACUUAUUUCUUGCUCGAGGCCUGGAACCCAGGUGGCAAAUCUUCAAGGAAUUUGGAACAAGGAUGUUGCACCAAAAUGGGAUUCGGCUCCUCAUAUGAACAUCAAUCUUGAAAUGAACUAUUGGCCUUGCCUUCCCUGCAAUCUUGCCGAGUGCCAGGAGGCUUUGUUUGAUUUUCUUUCCUCUUUAUCAGUGAAUGGGAGUGAAACUGCAAAAGUUAACUAUGGGGCAAGAGGUUGGGUCGUACACCAUAAAACUGAUAUAUGGGCAAAGUCAUCGCCAGUUUCAGGUGAUGUUGUGUGGGCAAUGUGGGCAAUGGGUGGCGCAUGGCUUUGCACGCAUCUCUGGGAGCACUAUAAAUAUACAAUGGACAAGAUGCUUGAUAUUAAACAGGAGUUCCUCAGGAACAAGGCUUAUCCUUUGUUGGAAGGAUGUGCACUGUUCCUGUUGGACUGGUUGAUUGAAGGCCCUGAUGGAUACCUUGAAACCAACCCUUCAACAUCUCCAGAACAUAGCUUUAUUGCUCCCAAUGGUAAGCCUGCUAGUGUGAGUUACUCAACAACAAUGGACAUGGCAAUCAUAAAGGAAGUGUUCUCUGGAGUUGUUGCUGCUGCUGAGGUUCUAGGGUAUACCAAUAGUGAUCUUGUCAAUAAAGUGCAGAAGGCUCAGACAAGGCUUCGUCCAAUUAAAAUAGCCAUGGAUGGUUCUAUCAUGGAAUGGGCACUAGAUUUCAAGGAUCCAGACAUCCAUCAUCGUCAUCUUUCUCACCUUUUUGGCCUGUUUCCGGGACACACAAUAACUUGGGAACUCACUCCUGAUCUCUGUACUGCUGCUGAGAAAUCCCUUUAUAAAAGAGGAGAGGAUGGUCCAGGAUGGUCUACAACAUGGAAAAUCGCUCUCUGGGCACGACUCCAUAGCAGUGAGCAUGCGUAUCGGAUGGUCAAGCGUUUGAUUACCUUGGUGGAUCCAGAUCAUGAGGUGUCCUUCCAUGGAGGACUAUAUAGUAACUUAUUUGCUGCACAUCCUCCUUUCCAGAUUGAUGCCAACUUUGGCUUUAUAGCAGCGGUUGCAGAAUUGCUUGUGCAGAGCACUGUUAAGGAUUUAUACUUGCUUCCUGCUCUUCCCCGGGACAAAUGGGGGAAUGGUUGGGUGAAUGGAUUGAAAGCGCGUGGAGGGGUCACGGUCAACAUCCGCUGGAGUGAUGGAGACCUCAAUGAAGUCGAUGUUUGGUCGAAGGACCAAAUCUCUCUUCACAAGUUGCACUACAAGGGAACUUCAGUGACAGUAGAUAUUGCCUCUCAUAGAGUCUACACAUUCAAUGGACAGUUGAGCCUCAUGAAGACAUGCUCCCUUUAGGACGCUUUACGUCAUGUGUUCCCAACAGAAGAAAAAUAAAAAAUAAAAAAAGAAUGUUAGGAACCUAUAAAAGUUUGGGACCAUCCUUUCUUUUUGCUCAACUUUUAUUUAGCUGUUGUUGCUUUUGAGUUCUCUCAACCUUAUAUGGUAAUGUGACCUGACUACCAAGUAAUAUGCAGAUUUACUAUACUCAUGCCA